GCGCGGCGGGGUGGCCGAGCGGGGUCUGCGGGGGGAAGGUCCGCGCCCGGCGGCUGCCGCCCCUCCUGCCGCCCUCCGCAGCCGGCCGGGACCCCUCACGGAUGGAGGGAGGGAGGAGAAAAGGAAGGAGGGAGAGGCUGGGCCGCCUGCAUUGCCCCGCUCCCGCUGGGACCCCCUCAGGCAGAAGCAUCCCCCAUUCCCUGCCCUGCCGAACAGGUGCAGGCGGCCCCCGCCCCUGCUCGGCCGCCGGGCCCCGGGCGCUGCCCUCAGGGCUGAGGGGAGCCUGCCAGCUGCCAGCCCCGACCGCGCUGCCCAGAAGGGCGGCGGCUGGAACGGCGGAAGGGAAAUUAAUCCGUUUCAGUGGUGGUGGUGUCGGUGACAAGGACAAGCGCCCUUCUGCGCAAACCAUGCAGGAUGAUUUACUGAUGGACAAAAGCAAAGCCCAGCCCCAGCAGCAGCGGCAGCAGCAGCAGCAGCAAGAUCCAAACUCAGCAGAAGCCCCCUCUACGCCCAUCUCGUCGGAGACACCCAAACCAGAAGACAACAGUUCAGUGACUAGUAUCGGCACAUCGGCUCCUUCCCAAAAUAGCAAGGAGAAGAUGCAGAUGGAGUCUCCCAUUUUGCCUGGCUUGAGCUUUCACCAGCCUCAACAAGAACCUGCAGCCGGCACCUCCUUGUCUCCCUCGUUUGGCAGCACCUGGUCUACAGGGACCACAAACACGGUGGAUGAUAGCUUUUUCCAAGGGAUUACUCCAGUCAAUGGGACAAUGCUUUUCCAGAAUUUUCCACACCAUGUCAACCCUGUAUUUGGUGGCACUUUCUCACCUCAGAUUGGCCUAGCUCAGACACAACACCACCAACAUCAGCAGCAGCAGCAGCAAGCUCAGCAGCAGCAGCAGCAGCGGAGGUCACCUGUGAGUCCUAAUCAGGCACCUUUCGCCCAGAGAAAUGCUGCUUACAGCCAUCAGCCCAUCAUGACCAGCAAACCGUCUUCCUCCUCUGCCUCUUCUUCUUCCUCCUCCAGCUGGAAUAACCAUCAAAACGCGGCUUGGAGUACACCUUCCAACCCUUGGGGUGGGCUGCAGGCUGGUAGGGACCCUCGAAGGGCAGUUGGAGUGGGGGUUGGCGUGGGAGUGGGAGUCGGCGUGCCCUCCCCCCUCAAUCCCAUUUCACCCCUUAAAAAACCCUUCUCCAGCAAUGUCAUUGCCCCUCCGAAGUUCCCACGGGCUGCACCCUUAACCCCCAAAUCCUGGAUGGAAGACAACGCGUUCAGGACGGACAAUGGCAACAAUCUGUUGCCUUUUCAGGACCGGAAUAGGCCCUAUGACACUUUUAACUUGCACUCUUUGGAAAAUUCCUUAAUGGAUAUGAUAAGGACUGAUCAUGAGCCUCUGAAAGGUAAACACUACCCUCCCAGUGGCCCACCAAUGAGUUUCGCUGAUAUAAUGUGGAGGAAUCAUUUUACAGGGCGUAUGGGAAUAAACUUCCAUCAUCCAGGAACAGACAAUAUUAUGGCUCUUAAUACCAGGAGCUAUGGGCGGAGAAGAGGUCGGUCUUCACUCUUUCCUUUUGAAGAUGGAUUCCUAGAUGACAGCCAUGGUGAUCAGUCAUUGUCCUCGGGUCUCAGCUCUCCAACACGCUGUCAAAAUGGGGAAAGAGUGGAACGCUAUUCUAGAAAGGUGUUUGUUGGAGGCCUUCCUCCUGACAUUGAUGAAGAUGAGAUCACUGCCAGUUUUCGUAGGUUUGGACCUCUUGUGGUGGACUGGCCUCACAAAGCUGAAAGCAAGUCAUAUUUUCCACCUAAAGGUUACGCCUUUCUGCUGUUCCAGGAAGAAAGCUCUGUACAAGCUCUGAUAGAUGCCUGUCUGGAAGAAGAUGGAAAACUUUACCUAUGUGUGUCAAGUCCCACAAUCAAGGAUAAACCAGUGCAAAUUCGACCUUGGAACCUAAGUGACAGUGACUUUGUGAUGGAUGGGUCUCAGCCUUUGGAUCCAAGAAAAACAAUCUUUGUUGGAGGAGUUCCACGGCCUCUCCGAGCUGUUGAAUUGGCAAUGAUUAUGGACCGUUUGUAUGGAGGUGUCUGCUAUGCUGGCAUUGAUACAGACCCAGAGCUGAAGUACCCAAAAGGUGCUGGCAGAGUGGCUUUCUCCAACCAGCAGAGCUACAUUGCUGCUAUCAGUGCUCGCUUUGUCCAGCUCCAACACAAUGACAUUGAUAAACGGGUGGAAGUGAAGCCAUACGUGCUGGAUGAUCAGAUGUGUGACGAAUGCCAGGGCACUCGCUGUGGUGGAAAGUUUGCUCCAUUCUUUUGUGCCAAUGUUACCUGUUUGCAGUAUUACUGUGAAUACUGCUGGGCCAGCAUCCACUCCCGUGCAGGGCGGGAGUUCCACAAACCACUGGUAAAGGAGGGAGGUGACCGGCCCCGCCACGUCCCGUUCCGCUGGAGCUGAACCCCGGCCGCGCCCAGCAAGAAGUACUGGAGUAAAUAAAAUUGAGUGAAAAGAGAGCGCUGCCUCAGGGCUUAGUGUUCUGGAAAUCUGUGCAUUCGUCCUCGACUUUAAUGAAGAGAUGGGUCUUUUUAUUACUAUUAUUAUUAUUUACAGUCACAUUACUGAACUCAGUGUCCAGUAUAAUACAAACCGGCAGAGUGUAACUGUACUGAUUUUGCACUUUGAUUCACACAAACAUCUGCUUGGUACCUUAAUUUCCUACACAAGACUUGUCACUAGUGACAUUAUGUAGACUGCCAUUCUCAUCAGUCUUCACUGGGCUGAUGUGUAUGUGAUGAAGAUUUUUUUAUUGUAAUUAUAAUUAUUUUUAUUUUUAAACUGGAGCAUGCACUUAUUUUCAGAAAUUUAGACUUGCCCCUAGCAGAUGACUUACCAAAGGUAAUAUUCACAAGUAGGUGGCAGAUGUAGCAAAAACUUAAACAGAUAUUCAGCAAUCAUUAGUUUGGGUCAUUUAGAAUAGUAAUAACCCUUAAAGAAAAAUAAGCCUUUAGUUGCUCUCGAUUUUGACUUGUAAGGAUGAUACCUCAUAAGCUGGAUCAGACUCUUUUCUUUUGUUUUGCUGAGGGGUUUUUUUGUUUGUUUGUUCUGUUUUGUUGAGUUUUUUUGUUUUGUUCUGUUAGGUCUUUUAGUGUUAUGUAAAUGUAUGCUGCAAUAGCUUUUGCUGCUAUUAAAAUGGUAUUACUAAUACCAUAAUACUCUAUUCAGGCUAGGGUAUCAAUUAAAAAUGAAUAUGUGAUUAAAAUAGUGAUGGCUGCUGAAAGGAGAUCAGUAUAGCAUACAGAAAAGCUUCCAAGGAAGGUCAAUAUUUUUUGACUGCAUGUUUACUUAAUCAGGUUGCUGCAUGCAAUAAAUUUUAUAUAUGUCUAAUAUAAAACCUGCCCACAAUGCACAAAUUAUGAAUCUACGUAGGCUACAAAAUGCUCAGUAACAAAAAAAAAUUGAUUACUGACUGGAGGAAGGCAUGCCUCAGUAAAUGUAAUGCUUCUGAAAUUAGGAUCAGCCCAUUACAGAAUGACCUAUAUUACAACAAAUAUAAAAACUAGCUGUAGGAUAUUCUUAAAAAAAAUUGUGGAUGGUAGAUGAAGUACUUUGCGGUGCUCUGUUAUAUAUCGUGCAAUUUAUUUUAUAUAGUAAAGUGAUUAUGUCUAGUACUGUGAUCAAACUUAACUGUUAAAGCCUCUGUAUCUGACAUUACACAUUUUUGACAGUUCAUAACAGGUACAUAAACAGAAAUGAGCUCUUAGUUACAAUCUCUCUCCUAAUGCUUGCAUCAUUUACGUAGCUGCAGACCUUGUCCAGGAAACCAAAGAGCUCAUGCUGGCGUACAUACACUACCGAUUAGAUAGUCUGUCAAACUAAUAACCUAGGCACAUUUAAGAAAGUUAGGAAACAAAGUGGUGCUAAAGAAAUGUCUGCAUAUAAAAAGUAACAUGAGAUGUCUGCUCUGUGGAUGUGGCGUUAUCUCUCUAAUCCCUGGAUGUAUCCUGUGAAGCUUGAAUACAAUUAAGACCUGCUAACACAGUGGACAUUUUUUUAGCAUGAACUAUGGGGCUGCAGAUAGCAUAUAAAUAUAAACACACUUGGUAUACUAAUGAUUGUGAGAAUGUGUACACUAUUUUUUUUUUCUUUUUCCUCCUUUGUUUUUGCAGUUCUGGGGACAAUCUGACUGGAUAUGACACCGCAUAGUAGAUUUAAAUGUUCUGGGUUGUGUUUGUCGUGAUGUUCUUCUUUGUGUCUAAUUUAGUAAGUUGGUUUUCCCAAUGUUUAAUUGCAGGUAUUGGCUUUGAAAGGAUUUUUUCUGUUUUUGAAGAAAAAAAAAAAAGAAAAAUAGUUUUUUACUGGUUUAAAAUGCUUAUUAUAAUUAUCCCUUUUGAAGUUGCUUCUGGGCGGUUUUGUGAUAUUGCUUUUCCCAGCCCAGGUGUCUUUUCUGUUUUUUUUCAUCUGUACAAGACAUUUUGUUAUGCACUACUUUUUGUAUCUAGACAGUUUUCAACAGUUGGCUGAUGAUUUUUUUUAAAGAAAAAGGCAUGCUUUCUGACUGACAUGAUCUUUUGCAAUACCUCAAUUUUGAAAUAUAGGAAAGAAAAUGAUAUUUUCUAAGUAAGUUUAUUCAGAAAAAUAUAUAUUAAUUUAAUUCUGCAAGAAAAAUGAUUUAACAGAUGGGUAACUUUAUUUUUUUCAUGCUUAUUUGAGUUUUUUUGAAAAUGAAGAAGUUAGAGCUUUAUAACUGUAAUAUUAAAGAUCAUAGCUAACCUACAGAAGUCUACCUAAUUAUGUGAAAGAAGUAAACCUUUUUGAAGAAAUACCCCUCUUUCAUGUAGAAAAAUACUCCCAGAGAGAAAGAGAGCGAGAGCGAGAGAAGCUGGAAAAUGUACAAUAUACCAUAAUGUUGGAUUAAAUCUGAAACAAAAUCAUCAUAAGAACAGGUGUAAACACAAACUCCAUUUGGUGCUGAAAGUUGUGAAUAGAAGGUGAAAAAAUAUUUUCCCUUAAUUUGUAUAUUUAUAAUCAAGUGUGAUUAUGCACGACUGACCAGAAUUGUGAGAGUUCUUCUGUUUGUAUUUUUUUAAAGAGAACUUUUUUUAGUUUAUUAAAUUAUGACAUGCUCCCUUUUGUUUUGUAAAUGAAUGUGCCCCUGAGUUGUUAAUAUGUUAUAUUAAAAGAGGGUCCUUCAAAAAAAGUUAUUUUUUAAAAUAUGGAGUUCUGAACUGCAACUUGACUAAGAAGCCCCUGGGUACAACAGGUCCUAUUGUGGCCUUUUCUGAUGUGAGACUUGAACUAGUCGAUUUUUUUGAAGGCUAACCUAACCUCGACUAUUUGUUGUUAUGUGCAAUACUGUUUGUACUGUUUGUAUAAAAAAAAAGAAAAAUGAAAAGAAAAAAGGCAUAAAUCUUUAUUGCAGAUUUAUUUUCAUUGCAGACUUUAGACAUUGUGAUUCACUAAAAUCAUUUUUCUACUGUCAAAUAUGUACCUUUUCUUCAUGCUGGUAUUUUUUCAAUAGUAAUGUAGCCUUUGUACUGAGACAAAUUUUCAUUGUUAUUUUUAGAAAGAUUUUUUGCUAAGAAAAAAAUUAAACAUAUUUACAUAUUUUUCAUUUUUAUUUCGUAUUUUCUUUAAGGAGUGCUUUCUCAACCAUUAAUAUAGUUGUUUCUGGGAGAGACUUUCAUAUCUGGUCAAUGUCAUUAAUAUUAUUUUGUAUUUUUACUUGGAAUAAAUUAAUUUUAUGAUGCUGAUUCUUUAAAAGUUUAUUUUUUUCAUUUUCAGUUAUUUUUGAAGCUAAAAUCUUUGUAAUAUUGUUACUAAAGUGUCUAGUUUUUUGAAAUGCAAAGCUUUAUGUAUUAACUUGCUGAUGUGGUUUACAAUAGUGUGGCAAUGAUGAAAAUGGUUGGUUAUGUAAAGUGAUUGGAAAAUUGUAACAAAGAAUUGGGCAAUAAAAUGACAGAAUGAAGCAGAAAAAACGUGAUAUUUUGAAAAGCCUUUUCCUUUAUCAAAAUGAUUUAGGGAGAUAAUAGGGAUGUCACAGUACCAGUUCGCUGUCUAGAUUUAUACACCACCAGUGUUGAUGAAAUACUAUUGCCGUUAUAAGGAGCUAAAUCUAUUGAACAAUGGGUUUUUGACCCUGCCCAUUCAGCAUAAUUCUUCAUUACUUUUCUUGUCAUGAACUCAGUAAACUCUCUUCAAUAGCCUUAGAUUGAACCUCCUAAAAUGUAUAUUCUUCAUUGUAUUUUGCCACCGUGAUUUUAUUUAAAGAAAUUGCCCCUUUCCUGCACAAGUUCCUCUCUGCAUGUGUUUCUCAGUGGCAGUGUGGAGCAGACAGUCCAUGCCCACAGCAUUUCCUAACCCAGCCACCCCACGUGGGUGGGAGCUGCCAAGUUAAUGAAAACACUCUGUCCAUUCCCUGGUAGCAAUGCAGUAACUCAUAUUGCCACCACGUCUGAACAUCCGUUCAGCUUCUUUGUAUUUCUCCGUUCUUCUCUGCCUCUCUUGUAUCUUUGUCCUUUUUUUCUUUUGGUAUUGGCAAUACCAAGGGCCAAUAUCAAAACACUUUUCACCUCCAUUUCCACCACCUUUGUUUCCCUAUGCAGCCAGAAGAAACCCCUUCCUGAAGCCAGUGACUCUGUUCUGGCACCUGAAACAAUCCAGACUAAAACUGGUGUUGCGUAAACAGGGCAUACAAUGACUUUCUCUAGACAAAACUCUCGCUUCCACAAGUUGCUGAUGACCUUUUAGACUUAACUUCUGCUCGAGUGUUAGAGUGGCUCAUCCGUGACUUGUGGGAAGAAAUGUGCCCAGAGUUGGUCUAUUGUGUAUCCUCUGUGUGUUCAGUUCUGUAAGUAAUGUAUAGACUAGAUCAAAUAGUGAAGUAAAAUUUAGACUCAAAUUAGGUACUACUGGUUGGAAUGUACACAAAUUGCAAACAAAGGAGAUUAUGGAAUGGAGAGGGAAUAAAAAAUUCCUGCUAAGUGGUACAAAGUUUAUGCUUAUAUUUCUGCCGACAUGCUUGUAUUUUAUAGCCUGCUAGCAAGGCAUGGGCUAAAACAAAUUGUAUUGCAAAUAUGCAGUUAGCAAAUAACUUUGCUGAUUUCACUAUCUGUUAGAGUAGUAAAAAAAAAGAAAAAAAAAAAAAAAAGAAAAAAAAGAAAAAAAGGCGCUUAACUGGGAAAAGCUCCCAUGUUAAUAUUUCAGUAUUGUGACAUCUCUACUUGCAAGGUAUGAGUGAAAGAUUAGUCACAGAUUUGUAGAAAUGUCUCUUUUGUUUAAUCUGGCUUGUAUGUAGUUGCUUUUAUGCUAGUUUGUAUGAUGUCAGCUAAACCCUUUUUCUUUUCCUUCCUUUCUUUCUUUUU